AUGUCCAUCGGCCGUUGCGUCGCUCACGCAUCGACCGCACGCGAUCGUUUCGCUCGUCCCGUCGCUUCGUUCGCGCCCACGACGACGACGCGUCAGCGCGCUCGCGUCUCCGCGCUGCGCGCCAUGUGCUCGAGCGAUCGCGCCGACGCACCGCCCGCACACGCCCCGAGCUUUUACUCCAAGGCGAUGCAAAGCGUGAACGCGGCCGGGAUUAAGCUCUUCAUAAAGUCCACGUUGACGGAUCGCGCGCUGGCGAUGCCGCAGGUGGCGUGUCGGGACGCGAGCGAGGUGGAUUGGGCGCACCUGAAAGCGUUGGGAUUUAAGGGCGUUAUAUUCGACAAGGAUAACACGUUGACGACGCCAUACGCGAUGGAGAUCAAUGAUAGGGUUAGGAGAUCGUUGGAGUCGUGUAAAGAGGCGUUCGGGGAGAAAAACGUGGCGGUGUACAGUAACUCGGCGGGUCUGUAUCAGUACGACCCAGAUGGAAAGGAGGCGGACGCGAUGGAGCGCGCGCUGGGGGUGCGAUUCGUUCGACACGCGACGAAGAAACCGGCUGGGGACGUUGAUGAUGUGGUGGAGAACUUCCCCGGUUGCAAUUCCGCUCGAGAACUGAUCUUCGUCGGCGACAGAUAUCUCACGGACGUCGUCUUCGGCAACCGUCACGGGAUGUUCACCAUUCGCGUCGAACCGUUCACGCUGAGCGGCGAAUCGCUCUCGAUUCGCGCCGCUCGUAAAAUCGAAGAGUCCGUCGUCGCCCUCUGGCGCUCGCUGGGCGUCGCCCCGAGACCCCACGAACGUCUCUUUCCCGGCGGCGUCUCGCUCGACGCCCAAAAUCGAGCGCACUGGACCCUCAUCGACGGCGAGCCCGCCGCCGUGAACCUCUCCAAGGUGCUCCAUCGUUAG